AUGUGGACAUUMAAUUUCACGAGCGAAACCAACUUGACUAACAUCAGUAAUUCAUCCUUCGAUGAUUCAGGCCGAAUCUCUAAGGCUUUGGCAAUGUUUGUAUUUGGUGGAGUUAGUAUCAUAGACAAUGCCUUUAUAAUCCUACUAGCUACAAAGUACACAGUGAGAAAAAACCUUCAUCAUUUGAUCAUCAACAUGGCCGUAUCGGAUAUUAUCAUCGUUUUGGCUAAGAUCGUGCUUGUCACUAAUCAUGGAUUUGUAAACAUUUGGUUUGCGCUUCCUCGACUUUUGUCUCUAUGUCUUUGUAAAAUGAUCUUACUCAUGGCUUUUGUGUCAAUUUUGGUGUCUGCGAUGUCGUUAUUGAUUGUAAGUAUUGAGCGUUUUCGAGUUACGAGGCGACGUCUUCACAUAUCAACGCCUUACACUCUCAAACAACGCAUGGGAAUAAUCGCUUGUACGUGGUUGACAUGCAUGGCUCUUUGUUCCUUCACUUUCAUUCAUGGACAGGUAAUCGAAAAGGAACGCGGUAGCUACAUAUGCAGUACAGGAGGAGUCCAUUCGACAUGGGAAGUGAUAUAUUUCGUCACACCGUUCCUGUCACUGUGUGCUAAUGUAGUUCUAAGUAUACUAACACUACGGACAUUGGAAAAGUCAAGAGACAUUCAUGACAGCAUUCCAGAAACACAGAGACGUGCCAGAGCAAGACGAACAAGUCGAAUAGUUCAGAUGGUGUUGUGUUCGGUCUGUCUGUACUCAUGCUGUUACCUGCCUUCUUUCAGUCAUAAGCUGUUAACUAUGAUUGAUAGGACAAAGUUUGAUAAAAUCAACAGUGACGGUGAAUUCAUAGUCCACACAUUACUACCAACUAUCAAUUCGUGUUUCAGUCCUUGGAUCUAUGUUGUGUUUUUGAACGACUUCUUGCAAGCAGCAAAGAACGUUUUUCGUUUUAGCGUGAGAAGAAAAGUCAACCAGCAGCCGCCUGGCCAAGAAAUGGUCGUCAUSAGUGGAGGCAUCGCUGCAAUCACAGAUACUUAA